AUGAGGCACAAGCAUUCUGUUCUUUGCUGCACCAACAAUAAUCAAAGCCAAUCAGACAUUAACUCUCACAGAACACCACAGAUCAUGUCUUUAACUGCUCAUGGCCUGGUGACCACAGGAGCUGUGAUGCACCAGUCACUCCUUGACGUGAUGUCUUCCACUGAAUUGAGGGUUAGGCCAGAGGUGGAAGGCAGGUGGAGCAGUGUGGCAAACCCAGUCAAGAAUCCCUCCAAGAUCCACCAGUGUGCCCACUGCCCUUACCAGACGCCCAUCAUCUCCAACUUUAAGAAACAUGCUCGCAUUCACACUGGGGAAAAGCCCUUUGCCUGCCCCCACUGCCCCUUCAGAGCAACCCAGAUGGAAAACCUGAGGAAGCACGUGCGCACCCACACGGGGGAAAAGCCAUACACAUGUUCAUUUUGUUCCUUCCGCUCCACCAAGAAGAGUUCCCUCACCGCCCACUUCCUGGAAUUGUUACCAGGAGGAUCUGCUCAGUGCCUGCAGGGAAACAGAGGCAGCUCAGUGGUGGACAUGGGAGUGACUGGCAGAAGUUCAGGAAGUUAG